AGCUCAUCCUGCAGGAAAAAAACCGGAGCUGUUCACAGCGCAGCGCAUUUCUGCUCAAAAAAUCAGAUUAUUCCAGUUUUUUACGAUGAUCCGGUUGAUCUGACUGCAUCCUAUUCUCAGCCCGGGGUUCUGUGUCUGCAGCGGGGCUGUUUCUGCUGCAGCUCCAUUUAUUAUCAUCAUUAUUAUUAUUUUUAUCGAGAUGAUGUGAAAGUCAAGCGGUCAAGGUCCGCUCUGCAACAACCACGGCUGGAUUUCCUCUCUUUCUAGUGGGAAACAUCUGUCGCAGUGGUUUCGGAUGGAUUUCUAAUCAUCUGGACCGGAGGGAUUAAAGACCUGCCUGAGGAGAAAGGGAAUAAAAACACUCUGCAGUCAGAUGGAGUGGGAAGCAGCAACGAUGUGACAGCCACAAUCCAAAAAGGAAAAAAUAAAACAAACACAAAAUGCAGCGGAAGUCUUUAACAUCCGAGCAACCCGCCUGUUUUGACCGAACCUCUCCACCACUGACCCGAUUCUGUUUGUCCCAGUUUGAAGAAGUGAAGAUUUAGGAGAAAGCAGCCAGCAUGUCGGCGGUUAUGAUAACGCGAAAGGUGCGGAAAUGGGAGAAGCUCCCCGGGAAGAACACCUUCUGCUGCGACGGGAGGGUGAUGAUGGCCCGGCAGAAGGGGAUCUUCUACCUGACCCUGUUCCUCAUCGUCGGAACCUGCUCCCUCUUCUUCGCGUUCGAGUGUCCGUACCUGGCCGUCCACCUGUCUCCUGCCAUCCCGGUUUUUGCCGUGCUGCUCUUCCUGUUCGUCAUGGCCAUGCUGCUGAGGACGAGCUUCAGCGACCCCGGGGUCCUGCCGCGGGCCCUUCCAGAGGAGGCCAACUUCAUAGAACUGGAAAUCGAGGCAGCGAAUGGGAACGUCCCGUCGGGGCAGCGACCUCCGCCUCGGAUCCGAAACGUUCAGAUCAACAACCAGAUCGUCAAGCUCAAGUAUUGCUACACCUGCAAGAUCUUCCGGCCUCCGCGAGCAUCUCACUGCAGCAUCUGUGACAACUGUGUUGACCGUUUUGAUCACCACUGUCCGUGGGUGGGCAACUGCGUGGGCAAGAGGAACUACAGGUACUUCUACCUGUUCACCCUGACGCUGUCCCUGCUCACCAUCUACAUCUUUGCCUUCAACAUCGUCCACGUCGUCAUGCGCUCUGUGGAUCAAGGCUUUCUGAGCACCUUGAAGGAAACACCUGGAACUGUACUGGAAGUGCUGGUGUGCUUCUUCACCCUGUGGUCGAUGGUGGGACUGACUGGUUUCCACACGUACCUCAUCUCUCUGAACCAGACCACCAACGAGGACAUUAAAGGCUCCUGGUCUGGGAAGAACAGAGGCCAGAAUCCUUACAGCCACAAGAACAUCAUCAAAAACUGCUGCGAGGUUCUGUGUGGACCGACCUACCCCAGCGUCUUGGACAGACGAGGGCUGAUGCAGGAGGAUUCGCCCGCUGCUGCAAACAGUGAAGGUCCCUGUUCCUUCGACAACCCAGUGGCACAAACAACGAAAACCACAGCUCCUCUCAUCCCCAACGAGCACACGCCUGACGAUGUCAAGCCGAGCAUCACAGCAGAGCAAAGCUCCGCCCCUGAAGACGACCCGCCGCCAGCCGCAAAGCUGCCGCCGCUGGCUUCUCCAGAGACCGACGCAGAGACGUCCAUCGCCAAGAACCAGUAGCUGGACGGACCAGCAAUCUGUGAACUGAAGAACAAUAAUAAUCGACACCUGAUCAUGUGAGGGGGAUUCAGUUAACCUUUGACCUUUAACGGAUUGGAGCGCCUGCGCUUUUCCUGCAGAGACGUUUGACGACCAGAAGAGAAGGAAAAUCAGCAGCUUCCCAUCUCCUGAUCCCUGCAUGGAAAAGACUCUCAGGAGAGACGCUGCUCAGAGAUCCAACGCUGAUUGUCAGUCUACUUGUUCUUCAUUUGAAACUGUAAACAUUUAUCUCCAGAGGCCAGUUCAGUUAUAGCAAGCAUCAGAGACGAAGAGUCUGGUUCCUGCACAUCGGUCGAAUCAAAAACACUGCAGAAACUCUCAAUCCUACCAAGUAUUUAACAUUUUCUAGAGCAGAUAUUUUGAGCCACAGGAAUAAAACUAAACUAACUUACAGGAAUAUUUUCAGCAAGUUAUAAGAGCUUGUUUUGAGUAAAUCCUGAAUAUUGCUGGAAAAAGUCCAGAUUAUUUCACUUAUAACAAGGGAAAAUGUCUUGUUGUAAGUGCAAUAAUCUGCCAGAGAAACUGUGACGUUUUGAUUCAUAUUAAGAGAUGAUUGACUGUUGAUGAAAAGUUACUUGUAAUCAGAAGUGGGCAGAGGACACAAGAAUCAUACUCAAAUAUGAUUCUCAAAAAAUACUUAUUUUUACCUAAUAAUCCAA